CAGAGGGAACUCAAGGAGGUGGGCUGCUGUCCCCACGGGCAACGCUACUGGGUUCAGAUCGGACCCCGGUGAAGAGGAGAAUUUCAGUGUUACAGGAGAAGCAAAUGCUGUUGGGGAUUGGACUGCGCCGGGAGACCCCCGCAAGAUAAGGGAGAGAUUACGGUUAGUAUCGUCCACGCCUGUUCGAAGCCAGUCCUUUGCUUGGGUCUUCCUCCUCGCUAUAAACGUUCUUGUCCUCGGGCAGAGGGACAGGCACUGCUUUGCUUUUUCUCAUCCUAUCUCAGCUCCCCGGGGUUUAUAAGCACUUCCCUGCCAGCACUGCAAGUAUCAGGUUACCUUCCGGGUUCUCUCUGGCGCCUCUUGAAGCCCGUGCGCCCAAGGCUGGGGGUUCUCUCAGAGCCCCUCUCGCCUUCCCUUCGGUCCUUUCGUCUUUGCUGGCUCAGCGUAAACGCGCUUCCUUCUGCAGAGCGCCAACCGCAUCACGCGGAGAGCUGGGUCAGGGUGCAAAGGUUUAGAAAGGGAAGCGGCCGCGGGGCAGACAGGCCUAGAGAGGUUAGUUCUCAGCAGCCGCCCUGCCUGCGAGGAGUCCUCGUGUGCGAACAGGCCCGGGGCCCGGGAAGGCACUCUCGGUCCUCGCGGGGCCUCACGGCGGUACCGCUUCAGUGUGCGUGGAUCCGGGGCGCACGAGGGUGAAAUACGUCCUGAGAAUACCAAAUGGGCUCACCGGCUCCUGGUUACUAAAAGCCUCGUCUGGGCUUCUCUGGUGGCGCAGUGGUUGAGAGUCCGCCUGCCGAUGCAGGGUACUCGGGUUCGUGCCCCGGUCCGGGAAGAUCCCACAUGCCGCGGAGCGGCUGGGCCCCGUGAGCCAUGGCCGCUGAGCCUGCGCGUCCGGAGCCUGUGCUCCGCAACGGGAGAGGCCGCAGCAGUGAGAGGCCCGUGUACCACAAAAAAAUAAAAAUAACAACAAAAGCGUCGUCUAUCGGGGUCGUCUGGAGUGAGAUAUUUUCCUGGAACGCAGCUCUGAACCCAGAGUGUGGAGACGUUCAAACCAGCACGAAGCACAGAACUGCCAAAGGCAUCUGUAAUCCAGGACAUUCCAAAGGCCUGCGCGGGAGGGAGCGGGCUGGGGAGGCCGGGGCGCACGGUGCGGAGGGGCGUGGGACUGCGAACCGGAGGGGGGCAGGUAGGCGCGAGACCCGGCGGCCUGAGCGGGGAUCCGGCACAGCAUCCUCAGCCCUUCCCGGGCGGAGGCCUCCCCUCUCUGGAUGCCGCGGCCCCUCCCGGAGCGGCUGGACCUCGCUUGCCCCUCGCCCGCGGUCCUUGGCGGCCCCCGCACCCGGACCCCCCCGUGGGCUUGGAGGAGCCGCGGCCGGAGAGAGGGGCGCGGUGGCUUGGCACGGACGCUUGGCCCGGGACCUCAAGGCACAGCGCCCGCCCGGCGGGUCCCGCCCCGGCAGGGACGCAGGGACCGCCCGCCCAGUACCCCUAUGCGCGGUCCUCCCGUGCGCAGUCCCCCACGCCUGGUGCCUCCGCGCCUGACUCUCCCCGCGCAGCGGCAGCCGAGGCGCCCGCAUCUCCCUCCAGCGCACUCUGCAGCCAUGGCCGCCUCCUCCGCGCGGCCCGCCGCCCUGGUCAUGCCACCGCUGGCUCUGCUCCUGCUGCUGUGCGUGGGCCCAGGUGGCGUAAGUGGAAACAAACUCAAGCUGAUGCUUCAGAAAGGGAAAGCUCCUGCUCCCCCUACGACCCCGGUGGCCGUCCAGGAGAGCAGAGCCAAGGAGUUCCUGAGCAGCCCGGGGCGGCUCAAGCGGCAGCUGUGGGACCGCACGCGGCCCGAGGUGCAGCAGUGGUACCAGCACUUCCUGUACUUGGGCUUCGACGAAGCGAAAUUUGAGGAUGACAUCACCUAUUGGCUAAACAGAGGUCGGAAUGGGCACGACUACUACGAUUACCACCAGCGCCACUACGAUGAGGACGCUGCGAUCGGUCCCCGGAGCCCCCAUGGCUUCAGGCACGGAGCCAGCGUCAACUACGACGACUACUGACCGUCCCUCAGGCGGGCUCGGGGCCGCGGCCUCCGCACCACGCCCGGCCUGUGUCUGCUGCGCCUGGUCUCGGCUCAUCUUUCCUACCCGCUUUCUGUGGCCACAAAGGAAGAGUUAAAGCAAAGAACGUAAAUGCCUUUCGAGAUUUCAUGCAAAUACCUAACAAUGCAUUUCAUUAAAAAAUAGAAAUAAAAGCAUUUUGUUAAAAGGUCUCAGAGUUCAUUUGGAUGAAACUUGAGCUGGCGAGCGUUUUCCUUCCCUGCACGUUUCUGAGGUUGAAGCAAUUUCUCAGAGGCACCUCCCCUCC